UCAGCCGCCGCUCCCUCUCUGUCUCUUAUCUCUCAAAUGACAAAUUCCAAGCUUUCAAAUCUUCACUUCUUUCUACCUAGCCAUUUUAAAAUGAAAAUCAAGGCUUUCCAUGAAGGAAGUCAGUCACUCAUCUCAUGAACAUGCCCUGAACUUUAGCUUGAGCCCUUCCACUUCCAGUAGUCUUUGCUUCGUGAAUGGAAUGACUUUGUGGUUUCGAAAGGUGGAGCAGAUCUUGGUCUUAUGGACUGGUUUUCUAAUCAUCCUGAAUAUUAACCCCCUCAAUUCUGUCUUCUUCUCUUUUAAUUUUCCAAUCUUCCACUGGCCGGUUCAUUAAAGCUGGCUUCAUUAGAACUACUGGAGUUUCUUUGUAAGUGAAGUUUCUUUGGUUAGUUUGAUUUGUUGGCUUCUUGAAAUGCAAAAGGCAUUUGAGUUGGAGAGCUUCGAGGAUAUGUUUAACAGUUUCAAGAUCUUUUGAUGGGGAUUCAAUCCCUUGCGUUGUGUUUGUUCAGUUUCAAUCGGUUUGAACCGGUUUGGAAGGGAGAAAAACCAAACCGAACCGAAAUUAAUUAGUUUGAACCAGUUUUUGGUUCGGUUAGGUUCAAAAACUAAAAAAAAAAAACAGUUUGGUUAUUUAUUUUGGUCCAAAACUGGACCGAACCGAAAAUACUCAGCUCUAAUUCAGAUAAUAGGGGGGUGGGUGCAUCUGAUGUGAACGAUUAGCCUGGCCUUGCUCGAAAGUCAAGCUAAUCACGUGUUAAAAUAGUCUUGGACUGGGUCUAUGAAAAGGAUUUCUGGCUUAAGAACCGCCACUCAAAAACCAAAAGGAAAAAAAAGGUGCAUUAUCGAGGAUAAUAUCUGUGCCAGACCUCCUGCUGUCCUACGACAUCCAGGAUUGUGUUUAAUAUCAAUCCUUUUUUUUUGAAUUUUCUGUUCAAGGCCAAACACUAAGUUCCAGGAUUGUGUUUCGAGUUUUAACCUGCCAUGGAUGCCAAUCCAGCUCUAUUUCUGUACCCACUAGAGCAUUCUAAAAUCCUCCAUCUGGUGAGGCAUGCACAGGGAAUCCACAACGUAGCAGGGGAGAAAGAUCAUGACGCGCUGUUAUCUCCUGAAUAUUUUGAUGCACAUCUGUCUCCUUUGGGCGAGCAACAGGCGGGCAAUCUAAGGAAGCAAAUUCAUGCAUCUGGACAACUUGAGAGGAUUGAUUUAGUCAUCACUUCUCCAUUGUGCAGGGCCCUGCAAACCGCCAUACAAGUCUUUGGUAGCGAAGGCCAGAUAAAUGGAUCAAAGGAGGCAAAUAUAGACAAUAGUGGGAUAUCAAGUCUCAAAUGCCCACCAAUUGUAGCAUCUGAACUUUGUCGAGAACGUUUGGGAGUUCAUCCAUGUGACAAGAGGAGAACCAUUAGCGAGAAUCGGUCUCGUUUUCCUACAAUUGAUUUUUCAUUGAUAGAAAGUGAUGAAGACAUCUUGUGGAAGACUGAUGCUAGGGAGACCGAUGAGGAAAUUGCAGCCAGGGGCUUGAAGUUUAUGAACUGGUUGUGGACACGACCAGAGAAAGAAAUUGCAAUAGUUACUCACCAUAGAUUCUUGCAGCACACAUUGAAUGCUUUGGGAAAUGAUUGUCAUCCAUCAGUGAAAAACAAGAUUCGAGAACUGUGAACUUCGUUCAAUGAUCAUUGUUGAUAAAGAAUAGGUAAGCAUGGUGUGUUUUGAAGAUAUUAAAAUGCCUGUUCCUGUUCCUAUUCCAUGUGCUCCUCUUUUUCCCUGCGGCAUUAUUUCAAGGCAUGACCUCCCAAGUGAACCUGAAAAGGAUAAGCUUUCAGGAGGGGAUUGUUCAAUCAGUCAGCCUGUGUUAGAGUAUCAGAGAUGCCCCUCAAUGAUCACCGUGUAUGAAAUGCUUGAUCGACGGGACUAGAAGAAUAUGCUCCUGCGCAUAUGUUAUUUGCAUAAAGUUUAUCCUGUAUAACAUAUUAAGUAUCGACAUAUGCUUGGUGGUUGUGUGGAUAUUUCUCUUUAUGAAUUUGGGGUGGAUCAUAUCUUGACCCCUCACUAGCUUGCUUGAA